CUGUAUGAUGAGCACCGCACCCCACCAUAUAACGUCCCACGUACACCAGUAUAAACCACCCCAUAGCAUGAACAUUACGACAGAUAGGAAGAGAAACACCCGGUUUGUGAUGACAUAAUGCCUGGAAGGUGCUUGGUAUAACACAAGACACAAGAAAGAGAGCCAUACUAACAUGGAAGGUCAAGUUUUGUGGAGCAAUCCAAUCAUGACAUGAUAACCCUGAUGUUUCAGUGACAUCAUAAUAUGAGUUCUGUCAUUAACUCAACAACAGAAGUUGCAAAACUUCUUAUAGCUGGAGCUUCAAGGGGAGAUGGUGUACCCUCCAUAUUUGCUCCAAUAACAAGCACCAUGUUCCCUGGUUUGAGCUCAACAAUGGCGGCCCUUGGUUCUCACUACCGUGACUUUGGCACACGUGGGGAAACCUGGUCAGAAUGUUCAGUAUGGUACAACACUAUGCCAGGCUCCUUAUUCCAACUCACAUGUGUCCUGCUUGUCCUUGCCCUUAUGGGUGGUGGACAUAACAUGGUAGCAGCAUCAUACCACAACGUGCUAUGUGCGUUAGCAUUCCUUGUGCUUGCUAUAUGGGCAGCUAUAGACGUAUGUUCACCCGAUAUAUUAAUCUGGUCAAUCGUGCUUUUCCUCACCAACAUUGCACAGUGCGUAUACAACUUUUAUUGUAUGAAAACAAUAGACAAUGUGAUGGAUGACAACAUGCAGUCCAUCUACCUCAUGAAGUUCGCCCCGUUUAGUAUUUCACCCCAAAUGUUCGCUGAACUCGUAACUUGCAAGGGAUGCGAAAUAUUAACAUUGAAGAAAGGUCACAAUUAUUCGGCUGAGAAUAAAACGCCCAUUGAAAAACUAUCAAUGCUUUUAAGUGGAAAUUUGAAAGUGUCGUGCGAGGAUAAAUUCUUACAUUAUAUUUCAUCGAACGACUUCAUUGAUUCUCCUGAGUGGGAUUCAAUCAAACUUACAUCAUCAACUAAGGAACUUUUCAAGGUGACAAUCGUAGCUGACACAGAGUGUCGUUAUAUUACUUGGAAGCGAAAACCUCUCCUAGCGCUAUUGGCUAAGAGAAGAAGGCUUGGGAAGCUCAUCACCAGCAUGAUUGGAAGUGACGUGGCAAAGAAGCUUUACUCACUCAACGCUCGUCAAUUCACUGAUCGUGGAUUCCAUUAUGACAUCAGACUGCCAUGUGUGAUGUCACUACGUGAUGAUGUCAGAAAGCGAGAGCAAAAGAAGUUGAGUAGCUCGCCUGGAACUCCUGCUGCAGGAAAACAAUCAACAUCACAAAUUCGUGAUUCUAUUAAAGUAUCAUCUGUGUGAUUUUCACGUGAUCAUGAAACAUAUCAUAUGUGAUUUAAUUCAUUAAAGGCCACCGUCAUAAACGCAUGGGUAAACAAGCCAAGGAUCAUUACACUCGAUUGUUUGCGAGAAGAAUGUCCGAAAGAAUCACCAUGUUAAAAGCCAAGAAAGGCAGGUUUGCCCAAGCAGAAGCCAAGAACUAAAGAAUAAGAUUUACAAGCAACAAACCAAAAUAACUUUUACAAGUAAAAACUGAAAGAACUAAAAUAACUUAAAAAUAAGUUUUACAAGCAACAAAAUGAAAUACCUUUUACAAGUAUAAACUGAAAUGGGUUUUUUUAUUGUCCCAAUAUAUAUAUAUAUAGUUAUAUUGCUGCAUCCUCGUGUCUCUAAAAUAACGUUGUUAAUUGUUUAAAACAGGAUUGGGAAAUAUGGGAUAUUUUGUGCUAACGGUAUCCAUCUUACCCCAUAGUAUUGUAAUUUGUAAGCAAUUUUAAAUUUGAUUUUCUGACUGAUGGUACUUGGUUUACGUUACUAUAUUUACAUGCAAGUGUUUUAAACUUUACUAAUUAAGAACAUGUUUUAGCAUGUGUGUAACUGUGUAAUUACAAUUUCAAAAAAUGAAUUUAUUAUGCGACACAAAGUGUGUUUAUUCUUUUUUUUGUGACAUCGUCUCGUAAUUUUUUUUCAUAUCUUUUUUUUUAUUCAAUUUGUGUCAUUCUAUUUUUCAUUAGGUAGUAAUGUAAUGCAUGUUUCUGAGACAAUGUAGUGACAAUUCAGUUGGUUUGAAUAAAAUACGAUGUUUAAUCGA